AUGGAGAAGGACGACGAGUCAAUAUACGAAACUGCUUCGGUAUGUAAAACGCUAUUUAAGACACACCGAAGAAAAGAGCCGCCGUCUGUUAUCGAUAUUCUGCUCGAGGACUACGAGCAGAGAUUCUUGGCAUGGUCGGCCUAUAUGGGGGUUUUCGCAAGCAAGUCCCUUUGUCUUGACCGUCGACUACAAGACCGACCAGGCAUCCGGGACCUCGUUAUUCGUCUGCUUGAUAUUCUAGUAGAAGCUUUAGAAGAAGUUACAAGCAAUAAUGAACCGCACCAGAAUCAAACCCUAGGCGAGCCUGAACUCCCUUUGGAAAAUAAAUCAGAGAUAGAUGACCUUACAGAGGAUAUAGAAACAUCCUUGGUCAGUCUCUCUCGCCUCGGCACAACUAUUCGAAAACACUCUACUACGGGACGAACGGUCAAAAUUAGAAAGUUUGCUGAGCAAUCUGCAAGCCUCAAAGCUUUCGAAAAACUCGCCCGAGUGGCCGUUGAUACUCUUUACAUGGAAGCAAAAGAUACUCUUCGUGCCCAACUAACGCGCUCCAUGGUUGAAACUUGCGCCAGCAUUCUAUAUAAAAAGUCCCACCAGCAUAAGAUGAACGCGAAUCGGCCGACUCGGGACAUACCCAUGCCAACCAUCCGUGAAGAACGAGAUGACAAUCUUGCGAAUUCGGCAGAGGGUUUCAAUAUUGAUGACCCUAUAGUCCAGAUUCUUUCAGACUCCGCUCCCAAGCUGAAUCAGCUGCGGCCUUAUGUGCCACUAGAAUCUACACCUUCAGUACUUGACUCGCUUAGGACAACAGUGCUCAAGGAUUUGGGUCGUUCUUCGAAAGUAAAGUCGAACUGUUCAGCUUCAUCGAUUCAAUUAGGAAAGGUCAGCUAUCCUCGGGCCUCAAGCGGGAAAGAUGCAUCCAGUUAUCGCGCUUGCGAAUGGUGCCUUGAAAGACACCCUCCUGCCCUAUUUGAUAAUAAAAAACAAUGGAGUGCCCAUCUAGAUAAGGACUUUGAGCCUUAUGUUUGUCUUUCGGAAAGCUGUAUGGCUGAAAUACAGUUACCAUCCUUCGCAACAUUCAAAGAGUGGUUCAAUCAUAUGAAUACUGUUCAUACAGUCAGAUGGCAACAGGAAAUUCACAGACCAAUUUUUUGGGUCUGCAAUUUUAACCAUAAAAAUGAGUAUUUUAGCAAUCAAGAAGAAUUGCACGAACAUAUGAAACAAUGCUAUCCGAAAACUCUCACAGCGGGCCUUCCAGCUAUUGUUAAGAAUAGCCACACGAAGCACUCGCGUUCACACAACGUGUGUCCUCUGUGUUGCCGCGAUCUAGUACAAGAUAAGCGCAGGAAAAGGCGAGGUCGAAAUAGUGAUCGAAAAAGGCGGAAAGUAGAAGGUAAUCAAGACAAUGUUCAGACCACUGAUGCCGCAGCGGAGUAUGAUAGUUCGAGUAGUGACGAAAGGGAAGAAUCAAAGGGGGUCGUAAUGGCCCGCCAUAUUGCAGAACACCUGCAAAUCUCGAUGUUUCUGACCAUGCGGCUGAUAAACUGCCAGCAAAUGCAGCAAGACGGCUUGCUUGAAAGCGAAGAAAUCACCGCCGUUAAUACUAGCGAUCGCUCGACGUUAACCUCGGAGCUGCCUUGGCCCUCACAGGUGUCGGAAGUGGUACAGCCUGAUCGUACCACAGAUGAAAUUGCUGAUCCACAGAGGCUAGAUGAACGAGAACAGGCCCACUCACCAGACCUAGGGAUCAUUGGAGCGGGGGGUAAUAACGCUAUUGAAACUACAUCCACCUUGGGAUUUUCAGAUUUGAAGAAGUAUACUAUUGGAUGGAUCUGCGAUUCGUCGGUGGGUUUGAAGGUUGCAAGACACAUUCUUGACGAAGGUGAUGACAAUAAAUUUCUAUUGGGCACCACUCUUGCCAGUAGUUAUUUUCUAGGAAGAAUUGGAGAGCAUUACAUUGCCGUAUCGGACGGUACAUCCGAGAAUUCACCCAGCCGCAUACACAUCAUGGAGCGUGUGACAACCUUGCUCUCCAACUUCCCGAGCAUCAAAGUACUCUUACUUGUGGGUGUCGGUCAUGGGAUGCGGAAUUCAGAGAAUAAUAUUCGCUGCGGUGACAUUGUCGUCGGCGUCUCUGACCACACAGGCAGCGGUUUAGUCCAGUACGAUCUAGAAAAGUCGAUAAAAGGCAAGCCCUUCCCAUGGAAAAUGGCCUCAAAUAAUCACCCAGCUAGCCUAAAUCGGGCUUUAAAAUUCGUUAGGCACCAGGGAGAUAGGUUUACUUACAAUUACAAAAAUGAAUUCAAUGAGGCGAGUCUGAAGCAACGGGAGUUGGACAUAGUGCUAGAUAAAUCGAUCGAUGAUGUAUCAAUUCACUACGGCCUAAUUGCUUCCGGGACCUUUGAUAUAAGAGAGGCACGCACUCUAGAUAACCUAGCAGCUGAUAAUCGUAUUCUUUGCUUCGAGAAUGGCGCAGCAGGCCUUAUGAACGGACUCUCUUGCCUUGUUAUUCGAAGCAUAUACACGGAUUCGAAUUUUUACCUGGAUCCAAAUUUCGCAGCGGUUCAAGCAGCUAUAUUUACAAAAGUCCUUCUGCUCGAGGUCUCUCCGGCAGAGGUCGAGGCUGAACCGGAGAUUGCUGAGACUUUAUCCAAAGCCAAAUUCGGCAUAAAUCAAACAUACCUUAAUACGGGGGGUGCAACGGAUAGGCCGACUGGCUCGCUCUCGUACUGGGGUUCUUCGGCAUCGUAUUUGAGGACUUUGAUGGAACGCCAGAAGGAUGGAUGCUCUUGGUUUCUUGACUCAAACGAAUUUGCUGAAUGGCAGACGACAAAAAACUCGUUCAUUUGGCUGCUCGGCGACUCGGGAUGUGGGAAAUCUAUUCUCAGCUCUGCAAUUAUCCAAAAACUUCAGGAGGACCUGGGAUGUCAACCUAUAUACUUUUUUUUUGAGUCUCCCAGGAACACGCUUGCAAAUGCAUUACACUCUCUUUGCUCGCAGAUUCGCAACAUAAAUAUGGAGGGUUCGGCUCCAACUUUGAGAGCUGGAACACUACGAGAACUAAUUGAGAAGUUUUUACUUAUGAUGCAGAACGCAGGCGAAAUCUGGUUGGUUCUUGAUGCACUUGAAGAGUGCAACAGAAAUGAAUGGGAAACUUUGUUUAUCUGGAUAAAAGAAAUACGGCGGCAGAAGAAAAAGAACAUUCACAUCGUCGUAACGAGCUUGCCAGAGUUUGACGAAAACAUGGCCCAAAUCGAUCUUUUGGAGAAUGGAGAUAAAAUGAUUUUAAUAAAAGACCAGUCUGCCAACGAUAUCACUGCUUAUAUUCACAAGUGGGUCAAAGAGAGAGCCUCAGCCUCUCAGUGGGUAUUCUACCCUUCUGACCUUGCCAAGGUCUCAAAUGCACUUCGUGAACGUACCAUUGGGAGAUUUACCUGGGCGACGAUUGCAUGUCAACUUGACGCGUUGGCUUUAGAACUUUUUCCUAACAUCAACAACAUUCUUCGACAACUUAUAUCCCUGCCGCUAGAUCAGCACCGCGUAUACGGAAGAAUUUUAAAAAAUAUACCAGAUAGAUUUAGGCCCCAAGCUACAGCACUCCUUCAUCUAUUAAGAUACUCAGAGCGAAUGCUGGGGAUCGAGGAGGCUAUCGACUUCAUAAAAAUCACUACUUCGCCUCCAUACUUUGACCUAGACAGUGGGAAUUCUUUUGACAGCGGUAUACUAUGUUACUGCCCUAGCUUAGUGAUUGCGAUUCCAUUGGCGCGGUCUUCAGGCCACCAAAGUAUAGAAAUCAGACUCGCCCACAAUUCCGUAAAGGAAUAUUUAGCCCCGCGUAACUCCGGGCCCUUUACGGUAAUUUGCGGGACUAAGGAAACAAUGGCCAUGGCCAAAAAUUGCCUCCUUUACAUUCUACGUAUGGAUACCGACCUUUCUGCUCCAGAGCUAUUAGAGAAGUUUCCCUUUGCCAAAUAUUGUGCGAAAUAUUGGAUGGAAUUUGCAUCAGGAAUAGAGUUUCCCGACGAAAUGUUGCGGGGUAUGAUACGGGACUUUUUCAGAUCCGAAGACUGCUAUAACAGCUGCUACAGUCUCUAUCGUCCAGAUGAAGAUACAUCCCCAGAGCCAGCUUCACCGUUAUACUACGCAUCUUUCGGAGGGCUUUUGGAAGCGGCAGAAUAUUUGCUGAUGAAUGGGGCUGACCCCAAUGCAAAAGGGGGGAAGUAUGGCACUAUCCUUCAAGCAGCAUCAGCUCAAGGGCAUGGCCAUAUUGUGCAACUCUUGUUAAGUUCUGGUGGGAAUAUGGGCUGGAAACAUACGAGUAUAGGUACACAAAUGGUUGCAGAUACCAAUUCAGAGGGUGGAAUAUAUGGCUCAGCACUUCAGGCGGCAUCGAGUAAAGGGUUUGAAAAAAUUGUUUCAACAUUAUUACAUCGUGGAGCUGAUCCGAAUAUAGCCGGCGGGGGGCAUGCAACUGCCCUUUGUGGAGCAUCGGCUGAGGGUCACGCAAAAAUUGUCAGAAUUCUAUUGGAUUAUGGUGCAGAUUUCGAAGCCGACAACAACGCUGCGCUUAAAGUUGCGCGAGCCAACAAUCAGAUCGAGGUUGUGGAAAUUUUAAAAUUAUACGGCGCCAAGGACAGUGACAAAUCACGGAGGAGAACGUUGGAGAUGGGAACGGCACCAGUAUGGUUGUGA